AUGGCUUAUCUCAAAUGGCUUCCAACGAUCGUCAAGAGGGAUAACGCCCCAUCGGUGUUUCCUUACCCUGUCAUCAUGACCACUGGCAAGGAGAAAUCGAAGUGGAUGAGCGAGUUAAAGGAGGAAUUGGUGCCGGAUAGCCAUAGUGAUGGGAAAUACAUAUGCACAAAAUACGUUGGCUUCAUAUUAGGUCUCCCCCUUGGCAAAGAGCAGAUUGGCAAUGAGCAACAAGACUUUGAAGUUGGUCACCAGGUUGAUGAAAGUCUUGGCGGCGGUGCGGUACUACCAUCAGAUCAAGCCGAGAUCUAUAUCAAGUUCCCUCGCGAAGGAUGCAGCUAUACCUUUGAAGAGGCCUCAAAAGCCGUCCUUGAUCGGUUUUCCAACGCCAAGGGACGUGAGAGGGGCGUUACAGUCAUUCGUGUUAGCCUCGCAGAUGAAGUCUGCGUCACAGUCAGUGGUUUCCGCAUGCCCUUUGCCAACGCAGAUGAUGCUCAAGUAGAAGGCUGGGUUAAUCAAAACGAGCCAAUCAUCAACAACCUGAUCCUCCUGGAUGUCAUUACGCGGAAAACAUUCUACGUCGUCGUCAGUUUGCCCGUAGAAGUUGCCAGAAACAAAUUUGCUGUGGACAAGAUCCCACCACCUUUCAAAACCCAUACGGCACGGUCCAAGUCCAAGGACCUGAUCAAGGCCAAUAAAGGCUACCAGUUUGAAACAGCGUUCAGCCACCCUGACGAUAAUCAUCACAUGACUGCCGUAUGGUAUGGUAUGACCACCUCAGCCAAGGUGAAGGAUAAUAUGGAGCUGCACCGAGCUCUUGUCCGUGGGGACGGCUUCUACGACUGGAUGGUCAAAAAGCCACUGGACUCUAUUGUCGACGCCAUGUCAUCUUUAUCAGUGGCUAAUACCGCUGCCACUUGCCGCCCACUGCCCGUUGUCAACUUCCUGGACUGGAAUCGAUAUUCACAUGGAAGAUCGUUGACCUGUGUCCAAUUCGCGACCAUCUUCAAGCGCAACAAAGUAAAGAAGGGAAAAGAGCCAAACCAUGUCACGUCGACACUGGCAAGAUACCUGAAGAGCACAUACCUGGAACAAGCAAGAGUGUGGAAAUCAGACAGGCGACGAGAAUUUCACAAAGUAGCAAAAACGAUGACAUACGCCAUAGGCCCCUCGGCGUACACUUUCGGGUCGAACAGGAUCGCCAAGAACGCUGCAAAGAAGGGCGUAAACUGGGUUGACCUCCGGUUCUUACGCAUCAUGUUCGGACCAAAGAUAUGCAGCAGGCGGAGCUGUCCGAAGUAA